GGGGGAGAUGUGGAAUGGAAAAUUCCCUUAUUGUUCUCUACUGUUGAAACUGAUGAGUCACUUAUCAGUCAAGGACAGACGGAUGGGGGAAGUGGGUACAAAUGGGCAACUUUAUUAACAUAGGCGCCGAAUGACAGGCUUACUUCAAACUGUAACUGCCCUGCUUCUUGGAAUGUGGAAGUGUCUUCUCUUAAUUUGCUUAUCUAUCUCUUGUAACCGGAAUCCCGAGCAAAAGUCCAGCCUCAAGACAAACACAUGUGAAAAUGUAAUAAACUAAUUGGUUCUUUGGGCUGAAUGUUGACGCCCAGGUAUGUGGUGACUGCUUACUCCAGGUAACAAACCUGAGGAGGGAUUUAAAAGAAAAGAAAAAGAGGGCGGCAGCUGCAAGAGGGGGAGCGAAUACAGAGGAGGAGGAGUAAGAGCGAGAGCAAAAGAGGCGAGAAGAAGGAAAGAAACCGAGGCAUUUGAGCAGCGACGGCCGUCAGGCGCAGGAGGCGGAGAGAGCAGAGGAGGAGGCGGGAAGGAAGCUGCCUCCCGUCCCCUCUCCCGGCUCCUGCCAUCCUGCGCCUGGCCGAAGGCUGCGCAGCGCCGGGAGCGUGAUGGUGCUCUGGCGGCGCAGCUGCUGCCGCUGCCCGCGGUGUUGGCGCUGAAGCGGCCGGCGAGGGUGCUGGCUGCCAGAGCCGCCGGCAGGAUGGGCUGCGGGGGGAGCCGCGCCGAUGCCAUCGAACCGCGCUACUACGAGAGCUGGACGCGCGAGACUGAGUCCACCUGGCUGACCAACACCGACGCCGAGACCCAGCAGCAGCUUCCCGCCGGCGGCGGCCUGGAGACCGGCAGCCUGGAAGCUGGUCUCAGGAACCCCGGAAUUUUGGAAGAUAGCAAAUCAACUCAAACCUGUGCCACACUGUCCUCAACUGCAAGUGGAAUACCUACUGCUGAAAAAAGAGCUCACUGUGGUUCACAGUGUACAAAGCCAGCAGUUUACACCACUGGAACCUUGGCACAAAAAGAACAGAAUGGCUUUAGAACAACAGAGGCUAAAUGGGAAAGCAAGAAAAAAGUCACAAAAGAUGUCACUGUUAACACCACCAACAGCAUCCGACAAAUUAAUAGUAACAGAAGAAUGACAAAAAACUGUGUCAAUUAAAAGCGCCAAGGGAAAGGAUGAAUGAACUCUGCAAUACAUUGCUGCACUUUAACUCAUUAUUUAAUGUGAAGAACUCAAGACAUUUUAUGCUGAAUGCAGUGGCCAGCUGCUGCUGUGUGCCUUUGGAAAUGUUGUCUGUCUUAGCUCUAAAAAUCUGUUAACUUUGGAUGCUUGGACACAGCAUACUACUGUACUUGUUCUGUAUUGCCAUUUGGAUGAGGCUGGGCCAGUGACUAGCACUUUUUGUUUGUUUGUCCCCCCACCCCCAUUGUUGAUUAAGUAAUUGAAUGUAAUUUAAUAAAAAUGUAAAUCCUGA